GUAGUACAAAAAUCAUUGAAACAAGAUCAUCACCAUUAAACCCAUCAACUUUAUAGUGUGGAAAUUGUUUGGCAAAAGAUACACUUUUCUGUUACUGUCUUUAAAACCUACCAAUCCUCGGUGCAAAAGAUAAUAGUUGAAGCGGGAAUCAGUAGAGGUUAUUGAACAUUGUUAAAAAAUACCUUCAAUAAAGAUUUAUCUCAAUCAAAUCCUUAUAGCGUGGGUGAGGUUUUUCAAAAGGGAAUUUUACACAUUAUACUUCAUAGGCAUCAAUUCCAUUGGAUAAAUCUUGAUAUUCUAUUGGCGGCUUGUGUUUUUCUUGGGCAUUUUCCUUUGAACUAUUCCAUUUAAAAACCAUUCAACUUUUAUAAUAAAGUUUAUGCCGCUGAAGUUUUCAUCAACAAAUCCUCAUUCAACCUAGAGUAAAGAUCAAUCAUAGUUUGAGCAUUAUGGCUGGUUUAAAGAACCCCAUCUCAACUACAAAUGCUAAUGGGAAUGAGCGCAAUAACGAAAAAAUCAAUCUGGUAAAUGGGUCAGAUGUUCAAUUUGAAUACAAUAACAAUCAAAACAAUAAUACCAAAUCUGAUUCAAAGAAAAAGAAGAAGAAGAAGAAGUCCAAGGCUAAGAAGAGCCAACAACAAAAUGUUGAAGGUGAAACUAUUAAAGAAUUGGAUUUUGAUGAUCCAGAUUUUGAAUAUCCAGAUUCAAGAAUAUUGAAACAAAAUUCAAAUGGAGAUGUCAUUGUACAAAGUCUUGAACCAAAUCCUAAGGCAAAGAAGCCAAACUCAUCUUCUUCUGAGAACGCUAAUGAUAAACAUCCAAAGAAGAAGUCUAAUUCAAUCCCAUCUAGUGGGUUUAUUCCUGAAGAUCAAGAUGAUUUGAAUGAACAAUUGAAAGAGUAUUGGGCCAGUUUAUCUGCUGAUGAAAAGAAAGAAUUGUUGAAUCUUGAGAGAGACUCUGUCUUCAAAGUUAUGAAAGAACAACAAAAGAUAACUUGUAAUUGUUCUGUAUGUGGUCGUAAAAGACAAAUCAUUGAACAAGAGUUGAAAAAACUAUAUGAUAACUAUUUUGAUGGCAUAGAUACUCAAGAACUAAUAGCUGCUGAGCUGUUCAAUAUUAAUAAUCAACAGAGUUAUAAGAAACAUCAACAUCAACAGCAACAACAAUUUGACCAACAACAACAGAGUCGAAGUCGAAAGGGAUCAGGAACGAAUCUUCAACAACCGCAUCCAUCUCAACAACAACAACAACAACAGUCUCAACCGCAACAGUCUCAACAGGUUCAACAACCUCAGCAACAGCAACAGCAUCCGACUCAAUCUUCUGAUGUUCAAAGAAGAAAUGGUAUUAUGUCAGUAGCUGAAGAUUUGUUGCAGAAUGAUGGUAAGAAAUUUUUAGAAAUGAUGGAGAAAUUAGCUGAAUCAAGAAUUCAAAGACAGAAUCAAUACAUUAGAAGAAAUGAAAUGAUGAAAUCUAAUCAAGCUAAUAAUCAAAUUGAAGAAGAGGAAGAGGAAGAACCCGAAUAUUAUGAUGAUGAACAUGAAGAUGAAGAUGAAGAUGACGAGGAAGAAGAAGAAGAUGAAGAUGAUGAUGAUGAAGAAGAGUUAGAUGAAGAAUAUGAAGGUGAAGAAGAUUAUGAAGAUGGUGAAGAUCAUCAUCAUACACAUAGUCAUAGUCAUUCACAUGAUCACCAUCAUCAUGAUCAUCAUGGUCAUAAUCAUAAUCAUACACAUAGUCACAACCAUAAUGAACAUGGGGAAGAAUUUGAAGACGAUAAUGACGAAUUCAAUACUGAUGAUGAAAUGGAUCGUCGAAAUAUGAUUCAACUUCAACUGCAAAGACAAAGACAACUGCAAAAGCAACUACAACGUGAAAGAGAAGAAUUGGCACAAUUACAAGAUGAUUAUGUGGAUGGAGAUCAAAGAUUAGAACAACUACAGCAUCAACAAGCUCAAGUUGAAGCACAACAGCAAAAAUUACAAGAGCUUGCGGAUCAACAGAAGCAACUUGAAACACAUUCACAUCUUUCUCAACAAGCACAACAGCAAUCACAACAACCUCAACCACAAAUCACUGGUGAUUUAGAUAUCGAAGAAGAGGAGGAAGAGUUUGAAGAUGAUAUUGAAGAUGAAGAAGAAUACAGUGAUGAUCCUAUUGAUGAAGAACAACAAUUGGAAGAAGGUAGAGCAAUGUUGCAACUGUGUACUACAAAGAUGCUGAGACAAAGUUUGUUGGAGUCUUAUAAACGUAAGAAACAAGAAGAGUAUGUCAAGAAUUUGUUGAGUGAAUUGGAUGAAGAAAAAUUACGUGAAAAGCAAAAAGAAGAGAAGAAACAACGUGAGAAGGAGAAGAAGCGUGAAAAGAAGCGUUUAAUUCAACAACAGAAAGAAGAGGAACGCUUGAAAAAAGAGGCUGAAAUUGAAAGAUUGAAAAGAGAAAAGGAGGAAGAGAAUAAAAGAAAGAUUGAGGAAGGUCGUAAGAGAAAGCAAGAGGAGGAACGUAAGAAAUUAGAAGAAAAACGUCGUAAGGAAGCUGAGAAGAGAGAAAGAGAAGAACGUAAGAAACAACAACAAGAGGCGAAAAAGAAGAAGGAAGAAGAGGAAAAAAGAAUUAAAGAGGAAGAACAAUUGAGGAUUCAAAAGCAAAAGGAAGAAGAGGAAAAAUCAAGAUUACAAAAACAACAAGAGGAAGAAAAGAGACAACAAGAAAUCUUGAAAUUACAACAAGAGCAUGAAGAAUUGAAGAGAAAACAACAAGAAGAGGAUGAAUUGAGAAGACAACAACAAGAAGCUUUUGCUAGACAACAACAAGAAAGAUCUAAUUCAACUCAUUCAAUUCCUGAUCAAUUUUCUCAACCACAGAUUCCUACUUCAACUAAUCCAUUGUUGGAUAAUCUGUAUCACCAAACUAAUACUCCAUUUGCUUCUUCUCCAUUAGGUUCUCAAGCUGGUUUGAGUCGUCAUCAACAACAACAACCUCAACUUCCAAGAAAUGAUACUCCUCCUGGUUUCCAAUUGAAUCCAGGGUCAGCUACACUUGGUGUUAACUCGGGUUUAGAUACUCAAUAUUCUCAUUUAACAAAUCCUUCAGCUGCUUCACUUUUCAAUUCAAGAAAUUUUUCGGAAAAUCUUCCAUCUGUUAGAUCACCUUGGAAUACAAAUGGAACUUCUACAACCAACAAUAAUAAUUCAUUGUUCAAUCCAUUGGAUAAAAGUUUCAAUUUGUUUUCACAACCACAACCACCUCAAUUGUCUCAACCACAACCACCUCAACAGCAGCAACAGCAAAGUCCACCAAAUGACCCAUCGAUUGAUCUUUUAAGUAAUUCAUUGGCUUCUACAAAUUUUGAAGCUAACAACACAAAUAAUUUCAAUUCAAGUUUCCUUUCAGGUUCAAAAGUUUGGUCAACGUCUUCAGCUAAUACUGGUUUGAAUGGGGUUGUUAAUGGCGCUAAUACUUGGUCAGCUUCAACUACAAAGAAUUUAAAUGGUGGUGGUCUAUGGGGUACACCUAUUAACUCAAGUCCAUCAACUCAAACUCUUGGUGGUGCAACUCAAUUAAAUUCGAAUGGUGGUAAUAAUUUCUUACCUUCUCAAUAUCAACAGCAUCAUUCAGCUCCAAAUUCUCAACCUUCAACAACCAUUCAUCCUAGCUCUCAACCUCCUUCAAGCUCAAAUGUUGAUCAAUUGAUUAAAAAUUAUCAAUCUCAAAUUUAUCAAGCUUAUACAUAUUUAAGAAGUUCAUUUUUGGAUGGUGGUUUCAUUUUGAUUGAUACUUUAUUCACAACAUUCAAUUCAUUACAACCUCCAAAUUCAGCUUUAACAUUUGCUUUAUUUUUAUCAAUUAUCAAGACAAAAACUUCACUGUAUAACUUUGAAACUAUUGGUGAUGAACUUGGUAAUGUUACACAUGUUAAAAUUACGCCAUUUCAACAACAAUUGAAUCCAUUAAAUUCAAAUGUUUCAAGGACUGGUUCUCUGCCUUUCAAUCAAUUUGGUAACGGUGGUGCUAAUGAUGGUUUAUAUGCUGAUCCAAGAAGAAAUACAAGUUUUGAUACAAAUGGUAGUGGUUUGACUUGGGGAGGUUCAUUGAUUUGAACAUUGGGUUGUUUUGAAGUGUCUAUAGUGUGAUCUUUUUGUGUGUCACUUUCGUCUGUGUGGUUUUUUUAUAAUUUGAUUAGUGUUUUUGAUAUGAACGAUUACUGUCUUUGAGUGAAUGUAGUCGACUAACUUGUAUCUGUCGUUGCAAUGCCAGCGUUGUAUUACACAAAGUUCAAACCAUUUUAACGCUUAUAACUCUACAACGUUCUACGGUUGAUCCUCAUAAAGUUAUAGUUCGUUAAAUUUAGCAUAAAAGCACUGGUCUCGAGAAAGUUCAUGUACAAUCUAUUUUAGGCACGCGUUAACGUUUUGAAGCCCAACGACAUGCACCUGAAAGCCCUAACCUAAGCGAAAACUACCUCUAAUAAUCACUCACCAGCGUACGCGUGCCUUCUCCGAUCAAACACACGCUACACAUUUAGCCUAUGGCCAAUUUCCAGCCUAUUAAAAAGUGGUUU